AUGACGGCGACAGGAGAUGCUUCCAUUUCUGAUUUUGAGAUUCGGCUCACCAGGAAUCAACUAAACUCUGGCCUGACCUGGAGCCUUGGAUGGGCAAUUUAUAAUGAGUCAAUUCCUCUCUGGGAUAACUUUUCUGGAGCUGUGGCAAUUUUUUCUACCCAUUUUCCAUUCCUCAUCACUAAAGAGGAUGAUGAAAGAGCGAGUGGGGAUGGGCUCACUUUCUUCCUCGCCCCUACUAGAUUGAACAUUGUCAACUCUAGUCCAGGAAAUUCAUCGAAUUAG